AUGGCAAGCCCAGAGCAGGAAAAGCCCAAGCCUGGAGACCUGAUUGAGAUUUUACACAUCGGCUACUCGCACUGGGCCCUGUAUGUGGGCGAUGGUUAUGUGGUCCACCUGGCUCCCCCAGGGGAGAACUCUGAGGCUGGCGCCCCCAAUGGCUUAGGGGUGGUGAAAAGGGAGCUCCUGGUGGAAGUGGUGGGAAAAUGCUUCUAUAAGGUCAACAGUCACUUGGACCACCUGUACAAACCACGGCCCAUAGAGGAGAUGCUCAGAUCUGGGAUUGAGAUGGUUGGUAAGAAGAUGGAGUACAGUGAUCUGAGCAGGAACUGUGAGCACUUUGUUAUGGAUCUGAGAUAUGGCAAGGCCCACCACCGGCAGAGAGCCUUUGGGCAAGAGAUGCUCAAGGACUCUUGCCCAUCACCUCCAGGGCUCACAGCCUUUGUGUUUGGGUGA